CAAACCCUACUUCAAAAGCAGCCAGCCUCUCUGUCUUUCCACCGACUCUCUGGGUCCCCAAGGUCUCCUACGUUCCUACACAUUCACUGGGGAGUAGCGUCAUUUUUCAAACAUCAAUUGGAGCCUAGACCGUACUAAACCAACUCGUGGGCUUUUCAAUCUAUAUGCGAGUCUCGUAAUGGCAAGCUCAACCCACAACUCAAUCAGUCAUGGCCCGUAGAGCAGGCGAUUCCACGCAGCGUCCUGCGAAUCUAGCCUUGACCAAUGGCAGUGUUCCCAAUGGCGCCCCUCCGCCGUCAACUAUUGCUGCUCAGAUCGUCCAUAACCACUCCAACAUCAAUGCUCAGCAGGAGCCUACUACCAAAGCGGUGUUUGGACAGUUGCUGCAAGAGUAUCUGAUUGAUCCGAGUAACGAUGAACCGAACUCGCAGCUGAAUGCGGAACUUAUCACAGUCGUGGCCGAGGCAGGACUUGAUGUGCUAGUUCGAGAGAACCUGUUUGCUCCCGAUCUACUUGUACCUCAAGCAAUCGAUAGUAUAUCUGUCAUUAAGUUGACGAUCCAACGAAGGCCCGAGCUGCUUCUGAGCACGAAACGAAGCGAAGGGAAUAGCGUCGUCCACCCGAAACUAUUCUUGCGGCUUCUGCCCAAGAUCCUUCCCUUGAUGGGGCAUUGCCAGCUCGACGCAAUACAGGAGCACCUUCAAGACUUGCUAUUGAGCUGUGUUCAAGUAUUGCAACGCACGUCAGAUCUUUGGCAACAUGCAGUUUCGCUCAUCCAACUUUACCGCUCCUGCGUUGAUGAUAUUCUGCGUGCCUUGGAAGCAUCCUUCUCCCGCCAGUCCUCUUCAUGCCCUGCAUUCGCGAUAACUUUGCCUCCUUCUAACGGCAUAAACGAUGCAUGGCCCGAAAGCCAGCACUUAGUUGCUCUCCCUCAAGGAGCUCAGAUCACCGUAUCUUCGCCCUCACAAGCUACUAUCAUCGCUUUUAGUCUCACUAGUAUCAUUGCCGCUGCUGAUGCAAAAAUUUUGAGAAGCACGUUGACUCACUCUUGGCACGACAACACUCUCCAGGGGGCCUUGGACAGCUGUGCACGUCUAUGGUUACUUCGUGCUCGCUGGACAAAAGGAAACGAGCAAAAAUCGCCAAAAAUUGAUAUAGCGUAUCUUCAGAGUCUAGAGGCUGUCUCAAUUCGUCAAGUUCCUGCGUCCGGCUACCCAUACCUAGCUUCUGAUAAUGCUGCCGCUUCUCUCUCCUACGGCCUUUCUGACGUCCUCAAAUCGUACCGUGGGGCUUCGUUUGAUGGAACUCUUCAAGGCAAACUCACAUGGACCCUGGUACGAUUAAGAUCGCUCCUGGAUCAACCUCAAGAGGAAGCUGCUCGGGUUUCAUGGCAGCCAGAUGGCCCGAAAAAGAUUGUGAAUGAGAUUCUCAACCCAGUGCUAAUUCAGAUAUGCCAAAAGUCGGGCAUCGUAAGUGACCUAACUAGAGACUUCCAGGUAGCGGUUUGCCUAUUUGUCCCACCCGAUGAGUGGCCAAACGAGCAAGAUGCCAUAAGAAAGCAUAUCAUGUCGACUGAGCCAGUCUUUGAUGACAUCGACCUCGAACUAGAAGCCUCCUCGCUUCUUAGAGCAUAUCGAGAAGCCGCUCUCCACGAGGCUGAUAGGCCCCAGAAACGACCAAGACUCCAAGCGACUGAAGAUGGCAACGUCUCCCGCGGCUUGUACGAGAGUUUCGUUGACGAGAUUUCAACCCAACUAGGCUCAGGGAACUCGAGUCUAGUGGGGCUCCACAAUAGUGCAGUAGAUCACUAUCUAGUAUUGCCGGAAGAUAAAAGAAAUGUUUUGUUCUCUGCAAAUUGCCUAGCAAACAUUGCGUGCGCAGGCGCCCACAGCUUAGAGGCUACUAAGUCAAACUCGGGACAUCUCGACUGUUUUUCGUGUAGAGUUUGCGACGAUACUUCCUCAGAAGGACUCACAAACCCUAGACCAUACUGGAAUGGUGGCAAUCAUGGAGAUGAUUGGAAAGAGGUGAUCUCUACUCUGGCCGCGCUUAUCGAAACCCCUGAAUUCCUAAGAUCUACAAAGCCUCGGAUUCUCAUGGCACUCACCAUUCGUAGAGUGUUCAAUCACAUAUCCGAUGGUGAAUACCUUGAUCUAGACCUCUCCUCGCUAGGACAAUGGUGUCUCAGGUCUCUCCGAAGCACUCUUCGCGAGUUACGGAUCGUCGCAGGGAGAGCUCUCACGGCUUUCCUUAGGCAGGGUGUGCCCAAGGAAGUCAAACGAAAAAAUCGAUUGACUGCGCUUAAUUUCUAUCGAACUCUUGCUGAAAGAAACGACCUCCCCAUACAAGAAACACUCAUCCUGGCCUAUGGUCGAGCUGCACGUGUUUGCGGCGAAGAUGAGCUAAAUAUCAUACUAAUUCAUCUCGUGGAAUACCUGAACCACUCUAAUCCAUUGCUGUGUGGGGUAGCUUAUAAUGAGCUCUCCAGUCUUGCCGAUUCUUUCAACCAAAAGCCUACCGAUAUGCUUAGACCAUUCUGGAGAAGCAUUGGCCCUACAGUCAUCAAAGACUUGCAAACCCGACCGCAGAAGGCUCAGCAACUGUCGGAGUUACUGGGAAUGAGCGUCAAUCAGAUGCUAUUGAUGACACAAACCGAGACAUUACCCUAUCUUGUGUUAACCAAGAAGAAAGACGUGUUGCAGAGAAUUGCUUCAGCUCGCGGGACGUCAAUCCAGGAUGUAUGCACGCAACCUCGCAAGAAUCUCGCUGCAAUCUUAGCGCUUCUACUACGCCAACAAUCCCCAGAUGUUGAGAAGAGUGCCAUGGAUACUUUAGUGGAGAUUGCACCCGCCUUUCAAGAAAACGAUAAUGACUUGUCAAGCUGGAUAAAGUUGGAGCCAAUUCUAGUUGCAUGCGAACUGCUUAAAGCCGCCGCAGAAGAAGACGAGUCGAAAAAGCCUCAAGUCCACCUUGCGUUUCAAUCGCUGGCGAUGCUUGCAGGGGGGAAGACGGGUUCAAAGACGGCCACGAAAAAGGCCAAGGCCUUGGUGCUUUUCUUUGAGUCGCACGUCCUCGGGAUCAUGGCUCAUUUUUCAGAAGUGUUGGACGCUCCACAUGAAACGCAUCCAGUUCAAGAAAGAAGGCGUUGCGUUGGUGCCAUCGAAGAGAUGAUCAAUUUAGCAAAGGGACACGUUAACAUCGCACUACCUCAAAUCCGGGCGUGUUUGCAGUCUGCUAUGGGCGACAAGCAACUCAGCGACCAGACCUUUUCUGUUUGGGCAGCUUUACUGACUGUCGUUGACGAGGAAGACAUUGAAUCACUGAUCGAUCAGACAUUCGCCAUAAUCGCGCAGAACUGGAACUUUUUCGGAGAAGAAAGUCAAAUGAAGGCCUACGAUACCGUCGGUAAUCUGAUCAAGACUCACAGUACUCUUUUGCGGGAUCGAAUUGACUGCGUCCCAUCUCUGGCAUCCAUUCCCCUAAUGUCAAAGUAUGAUGCCGAAAUCAAUCGCUUCAAAUCCAAGGUCGAAUUAGGCAAUCACUUUGACACCUUCAGCCAAAGGUGUAGAGACGAAAACGCCGUCGUCGUUACAAGAGCAUUGGAGGAACUGAUCCCUUUUCUCGAGGCCAAUCAAAUCUUUCUUCACGAGUCUGCAAUCAGCCAGAAACCCACACGCGUACUCUCACAGCUUACUCGUUCUAUCCUGGAUGCAUGUAACAGGUUUACGGAAGAGCAUUUCGACAUCACCAUUCUUUGCGCUCGAUGCUUAGGACUAAUAGGCUGUCUGGAUCCUCAUAGAGUCGAAGCUGUCCGAGAAAAACGCGAGAUACUAGUUCUUUCAAAUUUCGAGCGCGCGAUAGAAGUCGUCGACUUCACGGCAUUCCUACUGGAACGUAUCCUUGUCAAAGUUUUCCAUUCGGCUACCAAUGCGAGAGUCCAGGGAUUCCUUGCAUACGUUAUGCAAGAAUUACUGAAGUUUUGCGGCUUCAAUGAGAUUGCGACACAUCGACCGAGGUCAUCCCAACCAACACCAACAUAUCGUCGCUGGGUCGAGAUACCAGAGUCAGUGAGAAGCACUCUAACUCCAUUUCUAAGCUCAAGAUACAUGAUAAGAAGCAACUUACCUCAGACUCCGGCUCUACAAACAUAUCCACUUUUCACAGAAGAUAGCAACCAUGCAGACUGGCUCCGGACUUUUGUUUUCGACCUGCUACAGAGGGGAAAGGGAGACAACGCCAAGAUGAUCUUCCCAGUUCUCGCGAGGAUCAUUCGAGGGCAUGACUUAUCUAUCGCCAGUUUCAUCCUUCCCUUUGCCGCGCUGAACGUCAUAGUUGGAGGCACCGACCAGGAAACCUCAGAUGUUAGCCAAGAACUUCUCACAGUUCUAAAGACUGAAAUCGUCGAGGGUGACCAUGCCGGCGCUGAAAAUAUCAAACAGUGCAGCGAGAAUGUCUUUCAAGUUCUUGACUAUCUUUCCAGAUGGCUGCAAGAAAAACGGAAGGCAAUGGCAGAAGCUAGGUCAAUGGCGGGACGAACUGGCAGGGGAAUCAACGAAGACGACGAAAUGAAGGACAUCUCACAGAUCAGCAGCGUCGAGCGGAUUUUACAAGGAAUACCCGCGGAAGUGAUCUCUCGCAGAGCAGUUGAGUGCGGCUCAUACGCCCGGGCGCUUUUUCAUUGGGAGCAAUACACCCGUCAGCAGCGAGAAAGGGCGGAGAGGUCGAAAAACAUUUUCCAGCAGGCUGCAUAUUUCGAACAUUUGCAGUAUAUUUACGCCCAGAUCGAUGAGCCAGAUAGCAUCGAAGGAAUAUCCGCGCAUCUGCACGUCCUGGACCCAGAUCAACAGGUCUUAGAACACCGUAAAGCUGGGAGAUGGACGGCCGCACAAAGCUGGUACGAAUUGGCCUUGGCAGAGAAGCCCAAUGAUCCAGACAUUCAAGUCAACCUUCUCACAUGCCUGAAAGAGUCCGGACAAUAUGACUCGCUUCUCAAUUAUGUUGAAGGAUUCCAUACUUCUUCCAAUACACGUACCCCGAAGGCGUUGCCAUUCGCUGCAGAAGCGGCCUGGGUCACGGGGAAAUGGCAGAACUUGGAGAGGAUCCUUGCUUCACCGUCUGAAGAGCUUUCUCAGGUUUCACAAGAAUUCGAUGUUGGAAUUGGGAGAGCAUUACUGGCCUUGCGACGAAAAGAUCAAGCAGACUUCAUGAAGACAAUCGCCGCUGUUCGCGAGAAUGUUGCUCGUGGGUUUUCGCCUACCUCAACUGCCUCAAUUCAAGCCUGUCACGAUCAUCUUCUCCGGCUGCAUGUCCUCUACGAGAUUGAAACUAUUGGUGGAAUUUCCAGUAGUGCCCCCGAUAAAAAAGACAUUAUUCUUGCAAAAAUGGACCGCAGGCUGGAUAUUCUGGGCUCAUACACCUCUGAAAAGCAGUAUCUACUGGGCAUAAGACGUGCCGCAAUGCAGCUAUCCCACCUAUCGUUCACGAAACUUGACGUCGCGUCAGCGUGGCUUACUAGUGCAAGACUCGCCCGCAAAGCUAACUUCACUACAACUGCCUAUAACUCCGUGCUUCAUGCUGCUCAACUCGGAGAUGAUGCCGCAAAGAUCGAACAUUCUCGACUACUGUGGAAAGAUGGCCACCACAGGAAAGCCAUUCAAAAUCUCGAAGGCGCGAUUGCGAGCAAAGCUUUCGAAUCCCAGAAUUCUGGGCCAAUCGACAACUCUGUGAACAUCUCAGCUGACCAAUUACAAAGCGAGAAUAAGCUUACCGCAAGAGCCCAUCUACUGCUUGCGAAAUGGCUAGACAGAGCUGGCCAGACCAUGUCGUAUGAUCUGAGGGAGAAAUAUCAGACGGGCAUUCGUGCAUUUCCUCGAUGGGACAAGGGUCACUACUAUCUCGGACGCCACUACAACAAGAUUCUGGAAUCGGAAAAGUUACUACCACGAAGCAAACAAAGCUUCACUUUCCUCGCUGGGGAGCUGAACAAGCUAGUGAUCGACAACUACAUUCGCUCCAUGGUCUAUGGAACGAAAUACUAUUACCAGAUGGUCCCGAAAGUACUUACUCUAUGGCUAGAUCUAGGAAUGGAGGUAGAAAUGGCUGCACAGCGAGCUAGUGCUGAACUGGAGAUUGCGGCCCAACGAGUAAGGUGCCUAGAAAAUAUCCACAAGCAUUUGCGGAAGUAUAUGGUGGAUCGAGUCCCGGCGUAUGCAUGGUAUACCGCAUUUCCACAAAUAAUUACCCGCAUCAGUCAUCCAAACAAGAGUGUUUACGACGUCUUGUCCGCCUUAAUCAUCAAAGUGGCCGCAAAGUAUCCUCAGCAAGCAUUGUGGAGCUUACUGGCUGUUCCGAAAGCAACCGCUUCUGAUAGAGCAUCUCGAGGAGUGCAGGUGUUGCAGAAAUUGAAGGACUUCAAACGCACCAAAUCCGAUUCGCCAUUCCCUGACCUCAAAGCUCUUAUCAUGAACGGACAGAGAUUAUCAGAAGCUCUUCUUGCUGCUUGUGAAGUCCCCGUUGAGACGAGGGCGACACAUGUCAGUCUCACACAGGACCUCCGCUUCAACCCUAAGCUUGCCCCAUGUUUGCUGGUGGUGCCGAUCGAAGCAACAAUGAUCGCUGCUUUGCCGGCUGGGGACGGGACGAAGACCAUUCGAGCUCACAAUCCUUUUCCGCACGAUGCUAUCACAAUAGCCUCUUUCCAAGACGACGUUCUAGUUCUAAGCUCUUUACAACGACCACGAAAACUCACUGUAAGAGGAUCUGAUGGACGCCAGUAUGGUCUGCUAUGCAAGCCGAAGGACGACUUGCGAAAGGACCAACGUCUGAUGGAGUUUAAUGCGAUGAUAAACCGAGCCUUGAAGAGAGAUAUUGAAUCGAGCAAGCGACGCCUUUAUAUCAAAACCUAUGGAGUCACACCCUUGAAUGAGGAAUGCGGCACGAUCGAGUGGGUAGAAGGCUUGAAACCUAUGCGAGACAUCAUCCUUAGACUCUAUCGCCAGAAGAAUGUGCCUAUCGACUAUGGAGAGUUGAAAACGUUGCUUGCAGAGGCGUGCUUGGAACCUAGCAAGGUCAACAUCUUUACUGAACGUAUUAUCAAAAAGUUUCCUCCAGUGCUGUACGAGUGGUUCAUCGAAACAUUCCCCGAGCCCGAAGCCUGGCUUGCCGCACGGAUCCGCUACACACGCUCCUGUGCCGUCAUGUCCAUAAUUGGACACAUUCUAGGCCUCGGCGACCGCCACGGCGAAAACGUCCUCCUCGAAGAAGGUAACGGCGGCGUCUUCCACGUCGACUUCAACUGCCUCUUCGAUAAAGGCCUCACCUUCGAGAAGCCCGAGCUCGUCCCGUUCCGCCUCACGCACAACAUGGUCGACGCCAUGGGCCCGUCGUCCAUUGAGGGGCCCUUCCGCACCGCCGCGGAGCUGACCUAUCAGCAGUUGCGCCAGCACGAGGACACGCUCAUCACGAUCCUCGAAACAUUCGUGCAUGACCCUACGGCUGAUUUCCUCGGUGGGAAGCGCAAGAAGCGGAUUGAGGGCGUGCCGGACUCGCCUAAGGAGGUCCUCGAAGCUGUGAGAGGAAAAGUAGGGGGGCUUUUGAGGGGCGAGAGCGUGCCGUUGAGUGUAGAGGGGUAUGUGGAGGCGCUGAUUGCAAUGGCUAUGGAUCCUAGGAAUCUGGCUGCCAUGUAUAUCGGGUGGUGUGCUUUCUUCUAAGCUGGGUGUGGCAUUGGUCGGCGGGAUCAGG